CUCCACCCCUCUUUCUCAAACUCGUCGUCUCCAUCUCUAAUCUGCCGUGUUUCCCGGUUAGUUUGGGGGUUAUUAGGUUUGGGUUUCAAUUUGCCUUGACCAUUUUUUUCUGGGUGUUACGAUUUUUUUAACAAUUGUUGCAGCCUCUACCAUCUCCUCAGCUCCUGCCGGCGUUGACUCACUUCCGGCGAGGUUGACUCACUUCCGGCGAGUACUUGCUUAAGAUUUCUCCAUCUCACUCGAUCUCGAUCUCUAUCCAUCUCUCUCAAUCUCAAGAUCGUUCUCCAUCACGAGCCCUCCAUCCAUCUCAAGAUUUCUCUUCUCCUCCGAUGCAGACCACCACGAGCUAUCUCCGACAGACCCUUCUGAACCCAUCUCCGAAGUCUCUCUCUCUGUGAGGUCUCAGGCUCUCUUAUAUGAGACUCUCUCAAAGCUUAGAACCUCUCAAAGCUCAGGUGGUUCGGAAGGUCUAUUUGCGGAAAAGACUAUGGAGAUCGCAUAUGAUAUACUCCAGACUUACAAAAACCAAGGUUAAUGCUGCACUCAAAGCUUGCACUGAUUUGAAGCUAGAUGGCCUUGUUAUCCUUGGAUGUAACCUAACGUCUUUAUUUAUAUCAUUGGCAAAAUAAAUUUUGUACUAAACUAAGAUUUUAUAUUGGGGCUUUUUGAAGGUGUGACAUCUUAGUUUUUUCGCUGAAGCAAAGUUCUCAACAAAGUUUCAUUGCAGGUAGUUGGUGUUCCAAUUACUACAAAUGGAGAUCUCAAGAAUCAGUUUGUUGAGGCAAAC